GUCACCGACCCGAGGCCAAGGCCGGCAACACAGCCGUGGGGAGCAAGGUCUCGCAUUGGAAAGAAGGCGCCUGGCCUGCUUCCUUCACUUCCUUUCUCUGCCUCCAUUUCCAAUCAGUUACAGCUAUCACUCAAUUACGCGCGAAGAAUAAUAAUAAUACAGAUUGAAACAGGCAACCCAGAAGAUCAUCAAACAUGGUGAAGGUACGGAUGAACACCGCUGAUGUCGCCGCCGAGGUGAAAUGCCUGAGAACAUUGAUAGGCAUGCGAUGCGCCAACGUCUAUGAUCUCUCACCCAAGACAUACAUGUUCAAGCUUAUGAACAGCAGUGGAGUCACCGAAUCGGGUGAGAGUGAGAAGGUGUUGCUGUUGAUGGAAAGUGGAGUUAGAUUGCAUACGACUGCAUAUGUUCGAGACAAAAGCAAUACUCCAUCCGGUUUCACUCUCAAACUGAGAAAGCAUAUACGCACAAGAAGACUUGAGGAUGUGCGGCAACUUGGAUAUGAUCGGAUAAUCCUAUUUCAGUUUGGGCUAGGUGCUAGUGCACACUAUGUUAUUUUGGAGCUGUAUGCCCAGGGUAACAUCCUUCUCACGGAUUCUGAAUUUAUGGUCUUGACUCUUCUUCGAUCACACAGGGAUGAUAAUAAGGGGGUUGCAAUCAUGUCACGGCAUCGAUAUCCAACUGAAAUCUCUCGAGUGUUUGAGCGGACGACAACUGCAAAGUUGCAGGAAGCACUCACUCUGAAUGACAAUGUAGUUAAACUUACAGGGAUUGGAAAUAAUGAAACAGAUCCUCCAAAACAGCAUCUUUCUAACCACAAAGCCUCGAAACCUUCUGUCUCAAGUAAAGCCCAAGGUGACGGCAGUCGAGUCAAACAGGCUACUUUGAAAGCUGUUCUCGGGGAGGCACUGGGAUAUGGAACUGCACUAUCUGAGCACAUUAUAUUAAAUGCUGGUCUGAUUCCAAAUAUGAAACUUUGUGGUGAUCAUAAACUUGACGAUAAGUCUCUUCAGCUCUUAGUGGAAGCUGUUGCAAAUUUUGAGGAUUGGCUAGRGGAUGUUAUAAUUGGUACUAGAGUUCCUGAAGGGUACAUUUUGAUGCAGAAGAAAGAUGUUACAAAGGAAGAAUCUGAGGCUGCAACUGCUAGCCAGAUCUAUGAUGAGUUCUGCCCAAUUUUGUUAAACCAAUUCAUGUCUAGAAAGUAUACGAAGUUUGAGACAUUUGAUGCAGCUCUGGAUGAGUUUUACAGCAAAAUUGAAAGUCAAAAGUCAGAACAGCAACAAAAGGCCAAGGAGAGCUCCGCAACGCAGAAACUAAACAAAAUACGGAUGGAUCAGGGAAAUCGUGUAGAACUACUGAAACAAGAAGUGGAUCAUAGUGUUAAAAUGGCAGAGUUGAUAGAAUACAAUUUAGAAGAUGUGGAUGCUGUUAUAUUAGCUGUCCGUGUUGCUCUUGCUAAAGGGAUGAGCUGGGAGGAUCUUGCACGAAUGGUGAARGAAGAAAAGAAAUCUGGAAAUCCAGUGGCUGGUCUAAUUGACAAACUUAAUCUUGAAAGGAAUUGCAUGACUUUGCUGCUGAGCAAUAAUCUCGAUGAAAUGGAUGAUGAUGAAAAAACACAACCAGUUGAUAAGGUGGAAGUGGAUAUAUCACUUUCAGCUCAUGCUAAUGCUCGGCGAUGGUAUGAACUUAAGAAAAAACAAGAGAGCAAACAGGAGAAGACUAUCACAGCACAUGAAAAAGCUUUUAAAGCUGCUGAAAGAAAAACUCGUCUUCAACUUUCCCAGGAAAAAACAGUUGCGACAAUAUCUCAUAUGCGCAAAGUUCAUUGGUUUGAGAAAUUUAAUUGGUUCAUUAGCAGUGAGAAUUAUUUGGUCAUCAGUGGACGUGAUGCUCAACAAAAUGAGAUGGUAGUCAAACGUUACAUGUCAAAGGGAGAUCUAUACAUCCAUGCUGAUUUGCACGGAGCUUCUAGCACUGUGAUUAAGAACCACAGGCCUGAACAACCAGUGCCUCCACUCACGUUGAACCAAGCAGGAUGUUUUACGGUUUGUCACAGCCAGGCAUGGGAUUCAAAGAUAGUCACUAGUGCCUGGUGGGUUUAUCCACAUCAGGUCAGUAAAACUGCUCCUACAGGGGAAUAUCUUACAGUUGGGAGUUUCAUGAUUCGUGGAAAGAAGAAUUUUCUUCCUCCACAUCCUCUUAUCAUGGGUUUUGGAUUGUUAUUUCGCCUGGAUGAGAGCUCUUUAGGUUCACAUUUAAAUGAAAGGAGGGUAAGAGGUGAGGAUGAUGGAGUGAACGAUGUUGAAGAAAAUGAACCUCUCAGUGAAGAAUCUGAUACUGAAUAUGAGAAGAGAGAAUCAGAAGAAGUAUCCAAUGCAUCUGCAGAUUCAUUUAAACCAGUUAUAAAGAACUUAUCUGGAUCUGAAAACACUGAAUCACUUAAAAUUCCUGUUGAAGGUGGAAUGACCUUGAAUGGUGUCAAUAAGGAUAACCAACCUGAUGCUAGAGAUAAUAAAGUUUCCCUUGCCACAUCACAACUUGAGGAUCUCAUUGAUAAAGCUCUUGAGCUUGGAUCUGCCACUACAUCUAGCAAAAAUUAUACAUUAGAGACUUCUAAGGUUGAUUCGGUCGAUGUACACCUUCUAGAUGAUAAAAAAGCUGCAGUGAGAGAGAAACCCUACAUCUCAAAAGCCGAAAGAAGAAAACUGAAGAAAGGUCAGAAUAGCAGUUCUAUAGACAGCAAUGUCAAGCAGGAAAGUGAAGGAUCAAGAGAUAGCGAUGUUUCUUUUACUCAUCCUGAAAACAAGGUUAGUAAUCCGAAGUCAGAUUCUGUAAAACUCAGCCGUGGUCAGAGGGGUAAGCUCAAGAAAAUGAAAGAAAAGUAUGCUGAUCAAGAUGAAGAAGAAAGAAGCAUCCGCAUGGCUUUAUUGGCUUCCUCAGGUAAACUAACGAAAAAUGAAGGGCCUCAAAAUGCGAAGGAAACGACUUCCGAAGUGAAGAAACCUGAUGGAGGUGCUGAAGAAGCUCCAAAGAUAUGCUACAAAUGUAAAAAGCCAGGUCACUUGUCUCGAGAUUGUCGAGAACGUCCUGAUGAUCUUUCACAGAGUCACUCGAACGGUGCAACUGAAGACAAUCGCCAAGUGGUCUUGGAUAAUGAUGCUGAAUUGGACAAGAUAACUAUGGAAGAGGAUGAUAUUCAUGAGAUAGGCGAAGAAGAGCGAGAGAAACUGAACGAUGUGGAUUACUUGACUGGAAAUCCUUUGCCUACUGACAUUCUCUUGUAUGCUGUGCCGGUUUGUGGUCCUUACAGUGCAGUGCAAUCUUACAAAUACCAUGUUAAGAUUGUUCCGGGACCUCUAAAGAAAGGGAAAGCUGCAAAAACUGCCAUGAACCUGUUCACGCACAUGCCUGAAGCAACAAAUAGAGAGAAAGAACUGAUAAAAGCAUGCACAGAUCCAGAGCUUGUGGCCGCCAUUAUUGGGAAUGCACGGGUUACGGCUGCCGGUCUCACUCAGUUAAAGCAGAAGCAAAAAAAAGGAAAGAAGAGCAGCAAGCAAGGAAGCUAGCUGCUGUCUUUGACUCUUGAGGAGUGGAUUUUGAUCGGAGGGCAAAAGAAAAAAAAUUCUCCCUCGUUGCAUUUUUCCUGUUUAUGCAUAGGUAGUCUCUAUUUUAACUCCCCAACUUACAGAGGAAGCUGGUGCCUCAAUUAGAGUUGCAAUCUCACAUGGCACCUGCAUUCGACAUGUCUGAAAAUUCAAUUUCUGUAGUGUACAGUAUUUUUUUUUCAAAAGGAAAAACUUGCGGAUUUUGUAUUACUCAUGCUCAUACAUUACUAUCUUUGGAAAUACUGUUUGGUCUUCUCUAAUAGAAGCUGCUGACAUGAAGGUCUCGUUUCUUUUAGAAUAAA